AUGAAACCGUUAGUCCUAAGGGAAUCGUCGGAUGCCGUCAAUCACGCCAACGCUCAACAGUCGUACACAUCUUCGCCUACCGUUGUGCGUCAGGAUCGCGUAACUCCGGAACCUCAGCCGGUUUAUUCGGAGCCGAACAGCGCUCACCAACACAACGAAACUCGUAAGGAUGAUGUUGAAGAAUAUGUGCCUCCGACAUCCAAGCAACCUAAACCACACAUCGCUCUGGCUAGGAGAGAAGAACGAGCUUUGGUAGCGGAAUUGCGUGAGACCGUCGGGAAGUCAGGCGGUGACGUUCUGCGUAAGAAGGAAACACGACCAACGGCCACCAAGAGCACUAUCCAAAUCACUGCGGAUACAUCGCCGGAGGAUGUGGCUCUGUGGCUUCAAGAAAAAGGCUUCAGUUUGAGAGUGAUUGAACUACUGGAAGGGCAGGACGGAGCGAACUUGUUUGCUCUAAACAAGGCUAGCUUGAUGCAGGCCUGCGGGAAAGAGGAGGGCAGUCGCCUCUACAGUCAACUGCUGGUGCAGAAAAAUCAGAGCAACUAUCAAACUCACACGAGCGCUGAACUGCAGGCGAUUUUGAACUAUCGAAAACAACAUGUCGAUGUGACGAACGAAGCGGCCAAAGAUGACAAGGAAACUGUCGCUCUCUAA